UGCGCUUAGUGGGAGCGACUACGUUGCUCUCGCUUAUAAUCUCUUCUCUUCCUUCUUCAAUUGAUAAUCAAGAUGAAGCUACUCGCUCUCGUUUUGGUCUUAUCUUGCGUCGUUGCGUACACAACCGCCAGAAAAAGAGGACAACACUGGCCCACCAAUACCAAAAUAUUCACGACACCAUAUCGGUUUCGUCGCGAGGCCGAUCCUCAGGGCUCGAUCGUUGCAAACUUAAAGAAUACUCCGCAAUUGCCCUUCGACGACAACGAAAAUCUUCGACUUGUUCUUUUCGACAACGAUUCCACCGUCGAUCUCGGUGAAGAUGGCAAGGAGAUUCCCGGGCCUCAAUCGCAACCUAAUACCUUAUCGAACAAUUUGCACCUGAUAGACGAGAACGAUUACUUCAGCUCCUACACUUUCCAGCCGGGCACGUACCGUAGUUUCCCCCGGAACUUCGAAACCGGCGGCAGAUAUCGCUGGAGAAGGGAAGCGGGCGGACACGUGGAGCCGCGCCUCCGUUUUGAUGCUGAAACACAAAGGGGGAAUAGUUUCUUCACUGAUUUCGCGGAUCUUCAGCGACGUGCAAACGGUCAUGGAGUAGAGCCCACGAUAGGCGCGACCGCUGGCAUCCGUUUCAGGCGGGAAGCCGAUCAAAUUAACCCCUUGGCUGUUAGGCGAGAAAAGAGGUCGUGGCUCUCAAAAAAAGUUAAAAAACUUGUAAACAAAAAAAAUUAUACAAGACUGGAAAAACUUGCGAAAAAGAAACUGUUUAACGAAUAGCUGUUAAUACGCGGUAAACCGAUUUGGUCACUGGUGAAUUAUCGGGUGAAUUAUAUGGUCGGAAUUAUCGAGAUCGGAAGAAAUAAUUAAGAUGACGUAGAGCGCGAAACUGAGUUAGUUUUCUGAGCUUUAUUUCAUAUAAUAGAUACACGAAAACUGUUGGCUUCGACCGAAAACGUCGAUCGCUUCUUAAGCUGGAGAGGCGAGCGAGGUGAAUGUGAAUAAGUACGUGUGUGUGGGGGGAAGGGGGGAGGGGGAGGUGGAGUAAUAGCAUUUUCUGGGAAAUAUUUACAUAUGAAUGUAAACAUAUACAUAUUUACGUAAUAUAAUUGCAAAUGUGAUCAAAGCGACUGAAUAAGUAGAAUGUAUAUAUACUUUUAAUAUCUUUAAUUACAGUAUUUGUUUUAGCAAGUGUAUGUAUGAUCAUUAAAUAAUGAUAAUGAGUAAUAAACAAUAUUUGAAACCCAGCAUCCUGUUAUGUGCAUUUUCGAAACGAUUUUACGUAUUAAUUUUUGUGCGACGACCAUACUCUGUCUUCCAUCUUUUUUAGCAUUACUUUUAACGGAACGGCCAUCUG